GAUGGGCAACACGGUGCACAAGACGCUGGCAGACACGAGCCACCAGGCGCGCUCGGUGUCCAGCCGUCCCUACUACAGCCUGCCCAACAGCAGCAGCCAUGAGCGGCGCUCGGUGCUGGCUCUGGCGGAGCCGCCGCGCUUCCACUCGCAGGCCAAGGGCAAGAACGUGCGGCUGGACGCGCACUCGCGCCGGGCCACGCGCAGGAACAGCUUCUGCAACGGCGUCACCUUCACCAACCGGCCCAUCCACCUCUACGAGAAGGUGCGCCUCAAGCUGGUGGCCGUGCACCACGGCUGGAGCGGGGCCCUGCGCUUCGGCUUCACCAUCCACGACCCCUCGCAGAUGAGCUCCGAGGAGAUACCAAAGUACGCCUGCCCCGACCUCGUCACCCGCCCCGGCUACUGGGCCAAGGCCCUGCCCGAGAGGUUUGCGGUCAGGGACAAUAUCUUGGCCUUCUGGGUGGACCGGCACGGCAGAGUUUUCUACAGUAUUAAUGAUGAGGAGCCCAUCUUGUUUCACUGUGGUAUUAAAGUUUCCGGGCCUCUUUGGGCGCUCAUAGAUGUCUAUGGAAUUACCCAUGAAGUGCAAAUUUUAGACAGCAUGUUUGCAGAGACCAUGACCACGGCCCGGCUCAGCACCGCCCGGCUCAGCACCUGCCUUCCCCAGAGCAACCACGACUCGGCCAACUUCAACAACAACGAGCUCGAGAACAACCAAGUGGUGGCCAAAAUUGCAAACCUGAACCUAAGCCGGGUACCAGGGCUUGGGACUGACAACCACAUCAUCCCCUGCUGCCCCAGCCGGCGGCAGCACGCCCAGGGAGUCCCGGCCUUCCUGGACACCGACCUGCGCUUCCACCCCACCCGCGGCCCCGACAUCACCUUCUCCCAGGACAGGAUGGUGGCCUGCACCAACUGGCAGGAGAGCAAUAGGACCUUGGUGUUUUCUGACCGGCCUUUGCACAUCGGGGAGAGCCUCUUUGUGGAAGUAGGACACCUGGGGCUGCCCUACUACGGGGCCCUCUCGUUCGGCAUCACCUCUUGUGAUCCGAGCACUUUGCGGACAAACGAGCUCCCAGCGGAUCCGGAUUUUCUCCUGGACCGUAAGGAGUACUGGGUGGUUUACAGGGCCUUCCCAGUGCUCAACAGUGGUGACAUCCUCAGCUUCAUGGUCUUGCCCAACGGAGAGGUGCACCACGGGGUCAACGGGGCCAGCCGGGGCAUGCUCAUGUGCGUGGACACCUCACAGUCCCUCUGGGUGUUUUUUACCAUCCACGGUGUGAUCAACCAGCUCAAAAUCCUGGGCACGGUGCAGUCCAGCCCAGGGACGGUGUCUCCCUCAGGAUCUCCUGGUGGCUCCCAGUAUGACAGUGACUCAGACAUGGCCUUCAGCGUCAACAGGUCCUCAUCAGCCUCCGAGUCCUCGCUGGUGACCGCCCCCAGCUCCCCUUUGAGCCCCCCCAUCUCUCCUGUCUUCUCCCCUCCGGAGCCAUCGAGCAGCAAGAACGGGGAGUGCACCGUGUGCUUUGACAGCGAGGUGGACACGGUGAUCUACACCUGCGGACACAUGUGCCUCUGCAACACCUGUGGUCUUAAGCUGAAGAAGCAGCUCAACGCCUGCUGCCCCAUUUGCCGACGGGUCAUCAAAGAUGUGAUAAAGAUUUACCGUCCGUAGGGGCUGCAGGAAGGGGGAACGCCGCUAGCAACCCACGCCUUUCCGUCCCUGCUUCUGGGUUAUCGUGCUGGUCAGUCGUUAUCCAGUGGCUCGUUAUCUGUGUUUCCUUAUUUGACUGCUAGGGCACAAUUCAGGGAGCAAAGCUGAGGAUCGUGUGGGGCCCGGGACCUGAGCCAGCUGCAAAUGAGAAAUUUCCCCUGCAAAGGCUCUUUUUUCUCUCCUCCUGCUGAGGGGGAGGCUCGCUGUGCUGUGGGUUCAGAUGGGGAGGUUGUCACUUGGGCAGUGCCAGGUGCCACUGGGCAGUGCCAGGUGCCACUGGGCUGCCCGACCCUAAAACCCCACAGCUCUGGGCUGCUGCCAGGGGCUUGUGCUGUGGUGGAGUAAAAAUGGGAUAAAGCCCAGCAGGAGGGUUCAAAGUGGACAGAAAUGAUCUGGAAAUGUCAUGUAAGGAGAACCAGCUCAAGCCAAAUAGUGACACAGCCAGACUGUCACUUAUUGGGGUUCUGUCCCCAUGAACAGACUCAUGGGGACAUGGAGGAGCUGGUCUGGGCUUAGAUAAUGCAGAUUUUUCUUUCUGAGGCAGGACAGGGACUUCUGACCACGGAGGCUGAGAGCCAGGGAGCUGCCCUGGGGUAGCAGUGAGGAGCAGGAGCCCACACAGAGCCCCUGUAGUGAUGGAGCUGCAGGAGCUGUGAGGGGCACCUUGGGCACUGCCCUGCUGCCUUCUGAAGCCAUAAACACAGCCUGUGGGUGACAGGGGUGUGUGGAUGGGACACUGCA